AUGGGUAUAAAAAAUCUUCCAUCUUAUAAAGACUAUUGGUCUGCUAACAUACAACUAAGGGACAACUACAUAGUAUCUUUAAUGCCAUUAAAAAAAUUUCAAUGGUGUUUAUCAAAUUUACACAUUAAAGACAAUAAUUUGGAACCCCGUCGAUAUGAACAAAAUUAUGACAAGUUGUAUAAAUUCAAGGGGCGCAGUACUAUGAAACAAUACAUGCCGAUGAAGCCCAUAAAAAGAGGAUACAAGAUUUGGGUACGGGCUGAUCAAAAUGGGUUUAUAAGUGAGUUUGAAAUAUAUACUGGGAAAACAGAUUCUGUUGAAAGUUCUUUGGGAAAACGUGUAAUACUAACUCUUACCAAUAAAAUACAAGGAAAGUACCACAGAGUUUUUUUUUGA